UUUUUUUUUUUUUUUUUUUUCUGUUGGUAAGAGAACAGUAAGGCAGCAGUGGUAAAUAAUAAACAGGUUGAAUGCAACUGCCGGUUCUCGUUCCAUUGACAGUUUCAUUUUUCUCGACAUAAACAGCGUUGUGAACAGAAGAGAACAACUAUAACGUCGAUUCUAUCAAUCCUUUGCGACUGUUUCUCAUAAGAUUUCCUAUAUUUUGAUACCCUUUGCUACAAUUGACUAGAAUUUGACAAACAGCCGUUAUACAAUACUUACAUUAAGCGUCGACUAUUCAAACAGCAGUACAUUACAGCUAUAGCUAGGCAAUAACGAACAAUAGCUCAUUUUUAUAUUUCCCAUAGCACGAUGGCCAUGAUUGCUAUGCUAAAUUCACAAGAAAACCUAAACAGAAUUUUCAAUGAGCUGAAAUCAAAACAUGAGGAGAGACGUAUAAAAGCUGCUGAUGAACUACGUGAAACAGCCAUUAUCGCUUCAAGAGAAUUAUCUGAAGAAAAUCUACUACGAUUUACAAAUGAUAUCAACAAGCGAUUUUUUGAAUGGACACAUGGCAAUGAUAAUAAUGAAAAGUUGGGAGCCAUUAUUGGUAUAGAUCGUUUAAUUGGACUGGAACCAGAAAGCAAUGCCAACCGAUUUCAUAAUUAUCUACAACAUAUGUUACCCCAUCAUGAUCAACAAAUCAUGGUGCCAGCUGCAAAAGCGUUAGGUCGACUUGCUGUUAGUUCAUCCACCUUAACAGCCGAUUUAGUCGACACUCAAGUAGAACAUGCUUUAGAAUGGUUGCAAGGCGAUCGUAGUCGUUUAGCCGCUGUGCUUGUUUUAAGAGAGCUGGCAGUAAAUGCACCUACAUUGAUAUACGCUUAUGUACCACGUAUAUUAGACCUGAUCUGGGUAGCAUUAAGGGAUUCUCGGUAUGUCAUUCGUGAAUAUGCAGCCGAUUGUUUGUCACAGUGUUUGGAGAUUAUACAACAACGUGAAACACCUUUGCGGAAAACAUGGUAUGCUCGAAUUUGGGAGGAAGUCAAUCGUGGACUGCGUAUGAAUAGCGCAGAGUCGACACAUGGAAGCUUAUUAGCUAUGAGAGAAUUGUUGUUGCAUGCUGGCAUGUUUAUGACGGAUAUGUAUAAGGAUGUGUGUGAGAUUACUUUACGCUUAAAGGAUUCCCGGGAUGCUUUGAUUAGGAAAACAGUCGUAUCUAUUAUACCUACAUUGGCUAGUUAUGAUCCUGCCACAUUUUCAGAGCUCUAUCUUCAUAAGUCAAUGAGCCAUCUGCUGAAUCUACUGAGGAAGAGCAGUGAGAAAAAAGAUGCUUUCAAUGCGAUCGGUCAAGUGGCUAUCCAAGUGAAAAGUAAUAUGAGUCCAUAUUUGGAUGCAACAUUGAUGUGUAUAAAAGAGUCGUUAUCGGUAAAAGGACGACAGCGGAAAGAAGUAGAAGGAGCCACGUUUACUUGCAUUAGUAUGCUAGCUACAGCCGUUGGACAGGUCUUGACGAAAUAUUUACAUGAUUUGCUGGAUCUCAUGUUCAACUGUGGUUUAUCGGAACCUCUUGUGCAGGCAUUAAGUAAUAUAGCUGAUCGUAUAAAACCAUUAUCAUCUGUUAUUCAAGAACGUCUUUUGAAUGUGAUCUCGAUCACGUUAAGUGGACAACCCUAUAAGCAACCUGGCGCCCCAACUAACCGCACCAUUAUUCAAACAGUCGAGCGUCCUAUCCGAGAUAAUGGUGUGAACGGAGGGGAUGGAAAGGAUGAUGAUAACAGUAUUGUACUUGCUCUUACUACGUUGGGUUCUUUUGAUUUCUCUAAUCACGUUUUGAACGAAUUUGUACGGGAUUGUAUCGUCAAUUAUCUUGAUGAUGAUUUACCAGAGAUCCGUAAAGCAGCAGCUGUCACCUGCUGCCAACUCUUCGUGCGAGACCCUAUCUGCAAUCAAACAAGUGCGCAUGCUAUCAAAGUCGUGGGCGAAGUCUUGGAGAAGCUGUUGACAGUAGGCAUUGCUGAUCCUGAUCCUGUCAUUCGUGAAACAGUGCUCUCCUCGCUGGAUGUUAGGUUUGAUCGUCAUUUAGCACAAGCCGAUAACGUGAGGUCUCUGUUUAUCGCUCUUAAUGAUGAAGUAUUUGUCAUUCGAGAAAUUGCUAUCACUAUUAUUGGUCGUUUAACAACAUAUAAUCCGGCCUAUGUCAUGCCGUCAUUAAGAAAAACGUUAAUACAACUGUUGACCGAACUAGAGUAUUCUGUCGUCAGCCGUCAUAAAGAAGAAGCAGCAAGACUCAUUUCAUUGUUAGUCAGGGCAGCGCAACGUUUGACCAAACCCUAUAUUGAGCCUGUCCUAAAAGUGCUUUUACCUAAAGCGCGUGAUCAAUCAACGGGUGUGGUUUCUGCUGUACUGGGUGCUUUAGGUGAGCUGGCAGCCGUUAGCGGAGAAGACAUGGCUCCUCAUUUAGAUGUUUUGAUACCUUUAAUUAUGGAAACGCUGCAGGAUCAAAGCUCAAGUGAUAAGCGAGAUGCGGCUCUCAAAACGUUGGGUCAGCUAGCGAGCAACACUGGAUUCGUCAUUGAACCUUACAUUAAAUAUCCAGGCCUGCUCAAUAUUUUGAUCAAUAUCAUGAAAACUGAACAAAGCCCGUCUAUCAGAAGAGAAACGGUGAAACUGAUGGGUAUUUUGGGUGCACUUGAUCCAUAUAGACACAAGAUGAGUGCUAUUGGUAAUUCAAGUGAAGACUUGGCCGAUCCUAAACUCGCUAGUAACGAUGUCACUUUACUUAUGAUGGGUAUUGGCCCUUCUUCAGAAGAUUAUUAUCCUCAAGUGGUCAUGCAUUCCCUCAUGAAAAUUCUUCGUGAUCCUUCCCUCAGCACCCACCAUUAUUCCGUGAUGGACGCCAUCAUGUUUAUCUUUAAAACAUUGGGCUUGAAGGUCGUUCAAUUUUUACCACUUGUGAUUCCCGGCUUUUUAUCGCUGAUGCGUACCUCUUCUUCAGGUAUGCUGGAACUUUAUUUCCACAAACUGGCUGAUUUAGUUUCAAUUGUGAAGCAGCAUAUCCGUAACUACUUGAAGGACAUUUUCGACCUUAUCGAUGAUUACUGGACUCCUGUCUCCUCCAUUCAGAUCACCAUUAUCUCUUUGAUUGAAGCUAUUGCUAAAGCACUCGAUGGUGAGCUCAAGGUGUAUUUGCCCCGUUUAUUACCCCAUAUGUUACAAAUAUUUGACAGCGACGUUUCUGAACGGCGCCAACCUACGAUCAAGGUGCUGCAUGCUUUUGUUGUUUUUGGUGCCAACAUUGAAGAGUAUAUGCAUUUGGUGAUACCUGCCGUGGUGAAGUUUUUUGAAAAACCUGAUGCACCUUCCUCUGUUCGUCGCCAAGCGAUUGCUUCGAUCACUGCCUUGUCAAAAAAGGUCAACAUGUUUGAUUACGCUUCUCGUAUCAUCCACCCGUUAGCGCGUGUUUUACCUGUCUUGCCUCUAGAAGCACGUAACGCGGCCAUGGAUCUCCUUUGUGCGCUAAUUUUCCAAUUAGGCACAGAUUAUACCAAGUUUAUACCUGUUAUUAACAAAGUGUUGACUCGCUACCGUAUUUCUCAUACAAACUAUGAAUUGCUUGUCAGUAAAUUAUUGAAGGGCGAAAACUUACCUCAAGAACUAGGCAAAGCACUUGACGAGCGCGAGUUGAUGAAGGGCGAUGAGACGCCUUCGGCUGAUCAAAGUGCUUCUACGAAAAAGCAACCUGUCAAUCAACAGCACUUGAAAAAAGCAUGGGAAGCUUCGCAACGAUCGACCAAGGAAGAUUGGAUGGAAUGGAUCCGAAAGUUCAAUGUAGAAUUACUGAAGCAGUCGCCUUCUCAUGCUUUACGUGCGUGUGUUUUCUUGGCUUCCGUCUACACACCUCUCGCAAGAGAAUUGUUUAAUGCGGCGUUCGUGUCUUGUUGGAACGAACUUUACGAUCAAUAUGUGGAUGAGCUUGUCGCGUCUUUAGAAGUGGCGUUGAAGGCACCGAACAUUCCUCCUGAAAUCAUUCAAAUUCUGUUGCAUUUGGCUGAAUUUAUGGAGCACGAUAACAAGAUGUUACCUAUCGAUAUCCGCACACUGGCGGUGUAUGCUCAAAAAUGCCAUGCUUACGCAAAAGCUCUGCAUUAUAAAGAAAUCGAAUUCCACACCAAGCAAUCGUUCGAAGCGGUGGAAAUGCUCAUGUCUUUGAACAACCUUUUACAACAACCAGAUGCCGCGAUGGGUAUCUUGACGUUUGCGCAAGAUAAUUUGGGUUUGGAACGCAAAGUCUCGUGGUAUGAAAAGUUGCACCGUUAUCAAGACGCUCUUGAAGCGUAUGAAGCACAACAGUUGGAGAACCCCAACUCGAUGGAGAUUACACUGGGACGUAUGCGAUGUUUGCAUGCCCUGGGUGAGUGGGAUCAACUGUCUUCUUUAGCACAAGAAAAAUGGAUACACGCACCUAUGGAUAGCCGUAAAAGCAUGGCGCCUUUUGCCGCCGCGGCUGCCUGGGGCCAAGGUCAAUGGGAGCAAAUGGAAGAAUAUAUUGCUUUAUUGAAAGCGGAAAGCCCUGAUCGUACCUUCUUCCGAGCUAUUUUGAGCAUUCACCGUAACCGGUUUGCGGAGGCAGAGAAGUUUAUCAAUAAAACAAGAGAUCUUUUGGAUACAGAAUUAACGGCCUUGCUUGGCGAAAGUUACAACCGUGCUUAUACAACGAUGGUACGCGUCCAGAUGCUCGCUGAAUUGGAAGAGUUGAUCCUGUAUAAGCAAUCCGCGAAUGAUCCAGAGAAGCAGCUUGAGAUAAGGAGGACGUGGGCCAAGCGUCUUCAAGGAUGUGAACGCAACGUAGAAGUAUGGCAGCGUAUUCUAAGAGUGAGAACGAUGGUGAUUUCUCCUCAAGAAGAUAUGGAAAUUUGGAUCAAAUUUGCUAAUUUAUGUCGUAAGAGUGGUCGAUAUUCUUUAUCAGAAAAGACGCUACGUAGCCUGAUGGAAGUCGUGACCGUAGAUCACGAUGACAGUGGGGCUUUGUCGUUAUCCAAUGGUGGUGGAGCCACAGCCGCCGCCGCCGCAGCGGCAGCCGCUGCUCCUCAUCCCAAGAUUGUCUAUGCUCAGUUAAAGCACAUGUGGGACUCGGCUUCGAUGGCGCCGACCGAUAAACAGCCUGCGAUUCGAGCUCGCGCAUUGACGAUUUUGCGAGAAUUCACAGCGCGUAAAACGCAAGAUCUGGGCCUCAAUCCGGAUGAAAUGGCGGUGAGUAUGCCUAUUGAUCCGAAUCGUAUCACCGACGAUGUGGCGGAAUAUACCCGCUUACUCAGUCGUUGUUAUCUACGCCAAGGAGAAUGGCAGCGAGCUCUUUCUUACGAGUUGACACAAGACACGAUCCCUGAAAUCCUUUGCUCGUUCCUGUUGGCCACGCGUUUUGAUCAAAAUUGGUAUAAGGCAUGGCAUUCAUGGGCUUUAGCCAACUUUGACAUUAUUGAUUACCAUGAACGUCUUCAUCCCGAGCAGCUACCACCUCAUAUCUUUAGUCAUCAUAUUGUGCCAGCGGUGCAAGGAUUUUUCCGAUCGAUCGCGUUGUCAAAAGAGAACUCGUUGCAGGACACGUUGCGUUUAUUGACGUUGUGGUUCAAAUACGGCUAUCAUGCAGAAGUCAGUGCUGCGAUUGGGGAAGGGUUCGGUACCAUCAGUAUCGAUGUGUGGUUACAAGUAAUUCCUCAAUUGAUCGCGCGUAUCCAUGCUCCGAAUGCCACGGUGCGUUUAUUGAUUCACCAAUUGUUGACAGAUAUCGGUCGUGAGCAUCCACAAGCCCUUGUGUAUUCUUUAACAGUGGCAUCCAAGUCACAAAGCGUGCCUCGUCGUAGAGCUACUUUUGUCAUCAUGGAUCGUAUGCGUAUGCAUAGUGCAGUUUUGGUAGAGCAGGCGUUGAUGGUGAGCCAAGAACUGAUUCGAGUGGCUAUUCUAUGGCACGAGAUGUGGCACGAAGGGCUCGAAGAAGCGUCGCGUUUUUACUUUAACCAUCAUAAUGUGGAAGCGAUGUUUGCUACAUUGGAGCCCUUGCAUCAAAUGCUUGACAGGGGACCUGAAACGAUGCGUGAGGAAUCGUUUCUUCAAGCGUUUGGACGUGAUCUGAAAGAAGCGCAAGAAUGGUGUCAUCGAUACCGAGAAACGCGAGAUUUGAACAACCUCAAUCAAGCGUGGGAGCUGUACAGUCAAGUGGUGACGCGCAUUCUGCGUCAAUUGCCGCAACUCACCAGUCUGGAAUUACAAUAUAUCUCGCCGCAAUUGUUGGAAGCGAGGGAUUUAGAGCUUUGUAUUCCUGGUUAUUAUCGCAGUGGUAAACCGAUUGUGCGUAUUGCCAAGUUUAAUCCUAGCUUGACCGUAAUUGCCUCGAAGCAGAGACCUCGAAAAUUGACGAUGAUUGGUAGUGAUGGCAAGGAGUAUAUGUAUCUGUUGAAGGGACAUGAAGACCUGAGACAGGAUGAAAGAGUGAUGCAAUUAUUCGGUUUGGUAAACACUCUUUUGACCAAUGAUGCAGAGACGUUCAAACGACAUUUGAAUAUCCAAAGAUACCCCGCCGUACCUUUAUCGCCCAACUCUGGAUUGAUCGGUUGGGUGACAGAAACGGAUACUUUACAUACGCUCAUUCGUGAUUACCGAGAUAGUAGAAAAAUUUUAUUGAAUUUAGAACAUCGAUUAAUGUUACAGAUGGCACCCAACUAUGAUAACCUAACAGUGAUACAAAAAGUAGAAGUGUUACAGAACGCGUUUGAACAAACGAGUGGUCAGGAUCUUUAUAAUAUCCUUUGGUUAAAGAGUCGAAAUUCAGAAGCUUGGCUUGAUAGACGUACCAAUUAUACCCGAUCGUUAGCUGUUAUGUCCAUGGUGGGCUAUAUCCUUGGUCUAGGCGAUCGCCAUCCGUCCAAUUUGAUGCUCCAUCGUGUCACUGGCAAAGUGGUUCAUAUUGACUUUGGUGAUUGUUUCGAGGUUGCUAUGCAUAGAGAAAAGUUCCCUGAAAAGAUUCCAUUCCGUUUAACGCGUAUGUUGGUGAAAGCAAUGGAAGUCAGUGGCAUUGAAGGCAAUUUCCGUAUCACUUGUGAGCAUGUGAUGCGCGUUUUGCGAGAAAAUAAAGAAAGUUUAAUGGCUGUUCUCGAAGCGUUUGUUUAUGAUCCUUUGAUCAAUUGGAGAUUGUUGAACACUCAACCACAGAGUCCUACACAGAACGAUCGUAUGAGAGGGGGUAUCGAAGCGAUGAGCCAUGAAGAAGGUGUCAAUGGUGCAGCUGGUGUACCAGAGGAUGGCCCUCGCAACUUUUCAGUGAGUCGAAGAUUGAAUCGCAUUGAAGUAGAAGCGGUUGCUAAUGAGAAUGCACAAGGACCUGAGCUGUUGAAUUCUCGUGCAGUCGCUGUGGUGAAUAGAGUGUCGAACAAGUUGACGGGUCGUGAUUUCAAUCCUCGUGUUACUUUGGAUGUGCCGACUCAAGUAGACAAAUUAAUUCAGCAAGCAAUGUCGUUGGAGAAUUUAUGUCAAUGCUAUGUUGGCUGGUGCGCUUUUUGGUAAAGGAGUGCCCACAAUGACUGGAGAUGAAGGGUGUAAGAGUAUGAGCCUGUCACUAUUUAACUAUCCUUUGAUAACGCUAGUACAUAAUAAACUACGAUUAAUACUUGUCUUU